AUGUGUGGUGCAGAGUCGGUGGACGUGGAGUUGGUGGUGUGGAGUCGGUUGAGUACAGAGUCGGUGUGUGAAGAGUCGGUGUGUGAAGAGUCGGUGGACGUAGAGUCGGUGAACUUAGAGUCGGUGAACUUCGAGUCGGUGGACGUAGAGUCAGUGAGCGCGGAGUCGGAUCGUGGACAUAUCCCCCAGUGGUUCCUUGAGGAGCUGUUGGGGGACAGCAUGGCCCUCGAGGCUGAACAGGUCCAGAGGAUGAACCAGCACACCCACCUGAGCUGGGAGAUGGAGCAGCUUUCAGAAGCCUCCAGCCAUAUCCUAGAAAACCAGACCCUCCAGGGCACGGUCCAGGAGAUGCGGGGUGCCCUCGUGGCCCUGCAGGAAAGCAGCCUGAGGUGCACAGAGCUUCAGGAGGAGAACCAGCAGCUCCGGAAGCAGGUAACGGUGGGUGGUGUGCCGAACAUACGUCCAAGCAGGUGGCAGGUGGAGCACCCAGGGGUUGGUGGGGAUGUGGAACUGGGAGAAAUGCGGAAUGCAGGGCAGCAACAGCUAUGGACCACGGAUGGGCAGCUUCAGGGCUGGGUCUUUGGCUCUGCAGAAGGAACACUGGGAGAUGGAACUCAGAGGAAGGAGAAGAACAGCAGCCAGGAGUGGGAGACCCUCACUGAGGAGCUCGUUAAAGCCCUAGAGCAGCUGCUCAAUGAAGUUGACACCCUGAAGGCGGACAGAGCCCUUCAGUUGGAGUUGGAGAGGCAGCUGCAAAUAGAAAAGGACAACAGCCAGAACUUAGAGAACAUCAAUAAGGAACUAUUGAAAGACCUAAAGCAGGUGCUCGAUGCAGUAGACACCGUAAAGGCAGAGGCCCCACAGAUAUUGGAGUUGGAGAGGCAGCUGCAAAUAGAAAAGGACAACAGCCAGAACUUAGAGAACAUCAGUAAGGAGCUAUUGAAAGACCUAAAGCAGGUGCUCGAUGCAGUAGACACCCUACAGGCGAAGGCCCCACAGCUGGACCCUUCCCUUCUGGCCUCCAAGAACCAGCAGGCGGCCAAGGAGAGGGAGUGGGAGGAGCUGUACGAGCUGCUGGAGCAGCUGAUUCAAGUCCACGAGGCCCUGCGGCAGGACCACACAUGCCUGGGGGCGCUCCAUGACCAGCUGUCUGGGCAGUACCAGGCCCUCGUGGAGGAGCACAGCCACCACAAGACCCUGCUGCGCCCUUCCCUGGAAAUGGCGAGCAAGGCGUUCAGGCGUAGGUGGAUGGAAGAAUUGCGGUUGCAGCUAUUGCAGGAGAAGGACACCAACCAGGAGUGGGAGACCUUCACUGAGGAGCUCGUGAAAGAACUAGAGCAGCUGCGCCAUGAAGUUGACACCCUGAAGGCAGACAGAGCCCUGCAGAUAUUGGAGUUGGAGAGGCAGCUGCAAAUAGAAAAGGACAACAGCCAGAACUUAGAGAACAUCAAUAAGGAACUAUUGAAAGACCUAAAGCAGGUGCUCGAUGCAGUAGACACCGUAAAGGCAGAGGCCCCACAGAUGUUGGAGUUGGAGAGGCAGCUGCAAAUAGAAAAGGACAACAGCCAGAACUUAGAGAACAUCAAUAAGGAACUAUUGAAAGACCUAAAGCAGGUGCUCGACGCAGUAGACACCCUACAGGCGAAGGCCCCACAGCAGCUGGACCCUUCCCUUCUGGCCUCCAAGAACCAGCAGGCGGCCAAGGAGAGGGAGUGGGAGGAGCUGUACGAGCUGCUGGAGCAGCUGAUUCAAGUCCACGAGGCCCUGCGGCAGGACCACGCAUGCCUGGGGGCGCUCCAUGACCAGCUGUCUGGGCAGUACCAGGCCCUCGUGGAGGAGCACAGCCGCCACAAGACCCUGCUGCGCCCUUCCCUGGAAAUGGCGAGCAAGGCGUUCAGGCGUAGGGAGCAGGACCAGCGCCAACACGAGCAAUCCCUGCAGGAGCUGGGGAAGCUCCUGAACACCCAGAGGGAGGCUCUGAAACAGGAGCAGGAGGCGAACGCCCUGGCCGCCCAGGAGGAGGAGAGGCUGCGGCAGGAGCUUGACAGUAUUUCAGUCGAAGAGCCCUUUGUUCCACGUCGGCAGGAGAACUUAGAAGAAGAAAAAGAUAACCUCAAGAGCCAGAUUGACACAUUGGCCACCAGGAACAGGCAGCUUGAGAAUGAGGACAAAGCUCAGCCAAUAGAAGAAGGAAAACAAGAGGGGGAGGGCACAGUCCUGGACGCCUACGAAUCCAAGGACCCUGCUCCCAGGAAGAAAAAGCGCUGGAUCGGAGCCAGAGCCUUUAUCAAACUCUUCAAUCACAAAAGCAGCGGUUCUAGAGAACCAGCGGAGCCGUCCCCAGACCGCCCUCCCGGGCCCCUGGAGGCCACGCCAUCAUGCUCAUACCGGAUGGAAGAGCGAGACGCCCCCAGUGUGCCUGUGGGAAAAGCCGCUCGGCCCAAAAAGGACAAAAGGAAGAAGACAGACAAGUCACCAGCGGCCCGCCCGGCUUGGUGGAAGCGCCUUCAGUGCUGGUCAUCCUCGGACAUCCCACCCCCUUCUAAAUAGGCUCUCCCUUUCCCAGACACUCGAGAUUCCUUUCCCUUUACCAGCUCCUCACCAAAUACCCUCCCUCAUUUAUGAGGGAAAAAAAAG